AGAUAGCCUCCUCUUUCGAUAAAGCCCCCUGACGGAACGGCGCCAAGGGCCACCACCAACCCUCCCCUCGCCUCGCCUCCGCCUCCCAUGGCGUGCCUCGCCGCCUUGCACCCUACCCUCUCCCACGCCCACACCCACCGCCACCCCGCCCGCCCAAACCCCACCACCGGCCUCCUCCGUCUCCUCCCCUCCCGCCGCCGCCCUCGCCCCCGCACGGCCGUCCGCCUCGCCGUCUCCGCCUCCUCCACCAACCCCGCGCCGUCGCCCUCGGCCGAUCGGUCGGAGUCGGCCGCGUCGUCCCUGGAGCGAUGCCUCUCGGCGACGGCCACGGGGGCGGGGGCCGGGGCGGCGCCGGCCUGCGCUCCGCCGGCAAUGAAGGGGGGACGAAAACAGUACGGCGCGUUCGGGGCCGUCACGCUCGAGAAGGCCAAGCUCGACCUCUCCCAGCGCCGCAAGAAGAUCAUGCCCGAGCUGGCAACAGGUGGUGGUGGUGGGGACAUUGGAAAAAGGAUUGGUCAUGGUGGGGGUGAUGGUGGAGAUGAUGAUGGCGAUGAUGAUGAUUACUUUGAUGAUUUUGAUGAUGGAGAGGAAGAGGAAGGUGGACUUUUCAGGAGGCGAAUUGUUGUACAAGAGCUUUUCAAUAGAGAGUUUGUAGAAGCUGUGCUGCAAGAAUGGUGCAAAACAAUGAGUAAUUUGCCUGCUGGUCUUCGCCAAGCUUAUGAGAUGGGUUUGGUGAGUUCUGCUCAGAUGGUGCGGUACUUGUCAGUAUUUGCAAGGCCUACAAAUACCAGGUCCUUUUCAAGAACUCUUCCAGGAUGGCUUUCCAGAGGCCUCGUUGGAAGAACACUUGCAGAUCCAUCAUUCCCACAUAAGAUGGCCUUUGAGUUCAUGGCUACCUUUUUCUCAUCUGUUUGGUGGGAGAUGAAUAUUCGCAAGGAUAGGUUUCAGCAAGAAUGGGAUUUGGUGGUUGUUAAUGCUUUCACUGCAUCUUGUUGCAACUUGAUGGUUCUUGGGCUUUUGGCACCAUGCCGUUCAUAUGGGAGUACAUCUCGAUUUGACUUCCAAAAUGCAAUUGAGAAACUUCCAAACAACGUAUUUGAGAAGAGCUAUCCUUUGAGAGAGUUUGAUCUACCAAAACGAAUCAGUGCGUUCUUUUACAAGGCUGCUGAGCUUAGCUUGGUUGGGGUUGUUGCUGGCUCUGUUCAAGGUGGUCUGUCAAAUGCCUUGUCAGCAAGAAAAGAAAAGCUAUCGGUGAGCAUUCCUUCUGUCAGUACCAAUGCCCUUGGCUAUGGAGCUUUCCUGGGACUCUAUGCGAACCUGCGGUAUCAAUUAUUGUGUGGACUAGACCAAUACAUGAUCAAGCGCUUUGAUGUUUUGGGUGUGGCGAUCUUCUUUAGCACAGCUGCAAGGCUGACGAAUAUUCAGAUUGGUGAGGCAUCAAGGCGCACAUGGCUUGGGGAGGAAGCUGAUCCACAGUACUCAGACCGACUACUUAGAGCAUACAAGAGACCUGUCGAGGUUGUGGACCAACAUGAAUCAAGGUGGUUUAUAUCCAAGGAUUCAAUCGUAUCUGGCCUCGGUCUUCUUGGCAUCAAGCAGGGUGGACCUGAGGCAGCAUUGUCCAAGCCUCGCCGAAAGAGAGUCAUCCGUAAAAAAGUCGCCUCAGGUUGAACUUAGUGGAUGUGGUAGCAAUGCUGGAACAAUUUUGCCUCAGUUGCACUAUGCCGUAUGGAGUUCUACUAAGCGUGGUAAACGAUAAAAGCUGUCAUUGUCAACCAUCGUGCAGUGUAUCAGCAAAGGCAUCGAAGGGUUGUAAACUGGAAGGGGGUUGGUUCAAAGUUGUAGGGCCAUUACCAUUUUGCAUCCUUUUUCCCAUCCUUUUUGUCUCUUUCGGAAAGAACACGUAUCUCAUUUGCUUGUACUGUUGUGAGCCAAAUAGACACGCAUAGUGGUAGUCUUGGAGAUUGUUAAAUACAAUGUCCUUAACAAGAGAAAGGGAUACUGCAUUUUUUAUUUAGUUCACAUUGCCGUCAGGCACUUGCUUGAA